CUCGCAGGACGCGCUCAAAGCGGCCGUGAGGGAAGGCGAUUACAAGCUCGUCGUUGGCGAGACUCGCGGCAAUGUUUGGGUGAAGCCUGGCAUUGCGGAGCAGCGCCUUGCACAGAAAAACCGUAAAGGUAAAAUGCAACACGAGGAUGGAAAGUUGAUGGGUUCGACAUUGCGAGGCUCUUCUUCACUUGCAGCUGCAAAUAUUGCUGACGAUGACAUUGAUGCAAUACCACAGGACGUGGGCGAAAUGUCUAAGCAAUCUUCAGGAGUGGGGAAUUUUCCUAUUGGCUUGAAUGAAACUUUGAAUGGAAGUUCGACGGCACUUGAAGAAGUUCAUCAAAGUAAUUCAUCAGUAUCGGACGAGGAAUUUACUCAACGCAAUUCGUCAGAUUUGGAUGACGAAGCGAUUCGGCCUAAUGUUGAAACAUUUACUGAGGAAGUUAUCAAAACUAAUAAUGAAGCAUUGGAAAAUGAUAUAAUUCUACCGAAUGUUGAAGCAUUGGAUGAUGAAGUAAUUCUACCUAACAUUGAAACGUUGCAUGAAGGGUCUAUUCAAAAUAAUUCAUCGGCCGUUGACGUAUUUCCGUUACCAAAUCUCAUGGAAUUACUUGAAGAUGACGAAACGGAUGAAGAGGAAAUCCGCGAAGAAAAAAUUAGAGGGGAAGAAGAAACGACGCAAGAAUUUAUGAUAAAUUGUGACGCGCUCAGCAGGAAAGACUGUCGCAACAGGAAUAAGGAAAUAAACGCAUAUAGAAGUUACAAGAAAGUCAAGGACUUCUUUAAGGAUGGCUUGGAACUGAGGCUCUAUGAUUUGCAUUCUGAUCCUAACGAGAAGGAAGACUUGUCUGCCCUGCAUCCUGGAAUGGUGCGGUCGCUGCUGCGUCGGCUGCUGCAGGAGCUGCCGAGGGCGCAGGCCUCCGACAACCCGCCCAUGGACAUGGCGGGCGACCCGCGGCGCUUCGGCAGCGUCUGGUCGCCUGGCUGGUGUUAGCGCAGCAUCACAAUCCUGUGUCUAUCUUUAUUUUUAUCAGCUGUCUCCAUGCAUUUGUAUCAGACAACCAUCUGCAUUUUUAUCGGGUGAAUCAGGCAACAUUCUAUACAGUUUUAUCGGGUGUCUCCCCUUUUCCUUAUCAGCUAGGGGAAACUCUUCAUUUUGAUCAGAUGUCGCCCUGCAUUCUAUCAGUCGAUUCUCUUCAUUUUUAUCCGGUGCCUCCAUGCAUUCUAAUCAGGCAACACUCUACAUUUUAUCGGGUAUCUUAAAGCAUUUUAAUCAGAGGCUCUCUUCAUUUCGAUCGGACGUUGCCAUGCAUACCCCUUAAUUUUAAUCAUUUGUCUCUCUCAAUUUUAUAAUAUCGUCACUGGAUGGCAAUUUUUCUCGAUCAUAUCCUACAUCUGAGCGUAGGUAUAUCUUAUCAUGGGAUUGGGCCCUAUGUUUUAUAAAAAAUAAGAAAAACCCUGGAAAUUGUUAGCAAUUCUAAAACGAUCUACAAAAAUAUUCACAUUUACUAAUGGGAGUGGCGCAUGUUAUGCCAUUGAGAUGCUGCCUGUGUAGGUGAGUUUACAUUAAAGGGAAAGGCUCUUAAAAAAAGACAUUGCAUUUCACAUUUAAAUUUAUUUGAUAUAUAAUGGGCAACUACAAAUUCUCGGGGUGGCUCAACUUUGUUUUUUUUUUAACAACGAUUAAUCUUGUACAUUACAGAAAAAACUCUAAUUAAAAUGAUAACCCAUACUACACUUUAAUAUCUGUAGAAAUGUACUGAUUGUAUUAAUAAAAUUUAUUGUAUAAUAAUGCGUAACCGGCAUUUCGUCAGAAAAUCAGCUGUUCCUCCACAUAUCAUGAUAUUCAAGGUAAAUGUACCGGUCGAGUACAUUAUUGCAUUUAGAUGAAUAGAAUUAACAUUUAAAAUGAAUGCCACAAAAAUUAUAUGCUUGGAAAUAUUAUGAGCCUUCGACAUCUUAUUCUCAAUUACAUUGAGGGAAGUGCUAUUUUUGUGCGUAUCUUUACAGUAGAUAAGAAUUAAUUGAUUUCAACUGGGAUCUUGUUAUGAACUGCACAAAAAUUAUAGUUACAUGACAUGAACACUAUAUUAUCAAAGGAUUUAGUAUUAUACAUGAACAUCCGUACAUUUCAUCGGAUGGGCAUGCAUUUUAAAUGUCAUUGUCUCGUAUUAUAGUUGUUGCGCAUUUAGUUCAAAAUAGAAAUAAUUGCGUUGUUAUUGGGAACGAUGAUUGACUAGGCAGUGAGAAGUAAUAUUAGAUCUAAAAACCUCAGAAAUAUAAUAUUAAUCCCUGAUCAGCAAACUGAACAGUGCAAAGCUUACCUAGAUGAGAAGGUCAUCGUCGAAAAGACUUGACUCGGUUAAAGAAAUUCAUGUCCCUUAGUAAAUAAUUGUUGCCUUGUAUGUAGCCAGCAAACUUUAUCUUGCUUGUUGUGUAUAAUUACAUAAUAAUUAAUUAAAGCUCCGUAAUUUUACGGAGCUUUAAUCUUGUGCUCCGUAAAAUUACAAAAUUUUCCUCUCUCUUUGAUAUUCAGAUGCGAAAUUCAUGUAAGAAUAUUAUCUUAGCACCCUUUAGCAUGUUUCUUUAUAAUUUGAAAGUAUAUUGAA